AUCGCUCAGAACAUGGGACGCUUCAGAUGGGAGCUCUCCAUGUGAUUCAGUGAGUGCCUUUAUCAGCGGCAGCUGCAGUUCCCCUCACAGACACUCACACUGCCCCUCUGAGGACGAGAAACAAGGACGUCCUUCUUUUGCCUGGAAACCAGAGAUGUUAGGAACGAACAGUUAAAGCCUCGCUGUAUCAGUACUACUCAACUUUAAUUUCUGAGGAGUUAAUCAGCUUGUCGAGACAUUUGAAAUCGCCGUGCAGACCUGGCGACAAGGGACUACUUGAAAAGCUCAACCUGAAUGUAAUAUUUGGUUGAAGAAGGCAGGAAUAAAAAGCCAUCAUCAUGAAUUUUGUUAUGAAGCAAGCAUUGGGAGGGGCGACCAAAGACAUGGGGAAAAUGCUGGGGGGCGAGGAGGAGAAGGACCCUGAUGCCGACAGAAAGGAGGAAGAAAGACAGGAAGCCCUCAGGCAACAGGAGGAGGAGAGGAAGGCAAAAUAUGCAAAAAUGGAAUCGGAGAGGGAAUCGGUUCGACAGGGCAUCAGGGACAAGUACGGUAUAAAGAAGAAGGAAGAGAAGGAGGCAGAAGCCCAGGCAGCCAUGGAGCAGGCAUCAGAAGGCAGUCUGACCCGUCCCAAGAAAGCAAUCCCUGCUGGCUGCGGCAAUGAAGAAGAAGAGGAGGAAAGCAUUGUGGACACCGUCAUGAAGUUCCUCCCAGGCCCACUUCAAGAUAUGUUCAAUAAAAAGUAACAGUGUUCCAGACAAUUUGUGAUAAAACGGGAAUCAUUCAUGUCAUGAAAUCCACCUCCUCUUUCCCCUUCCCCUCUCUCGCAUAUGUUCUAAGAUCUCUGGACUCAAAAUUUGUGCCAUAACAUCUGUCUUUAACUGCAAAAUGUGACAUUUUCUGAUUAAAACAAUGAGGAAAAUACAAUGUGUGCACUAGAAAUGUUACAUUGCAUACAUCAGACUCUGUUUAAAGACAAAUUUAAUGCCCCCUGAGUCCGGACCUUAGAGCAAGAAUAUUCCCUGUGCUUCAUUCAUUUUGUUUGUACAUAGCAAAUGAAAAAAGCUGUAUAUGACUACAGAUAUACAUAUAUAUCGAUAUAUAUAUAUCGAUAUAUCUAUAUAUAUAUAUAUCAAACAAUGACUAUGAGUAAAAGCCAUAAAUUUAUCUUGGAGAGAUUUCUCCAAUCACAUCGUAUUUUUGAUUGUUGCUCUGUUAUAGAUAUUACUGAUGAAUCCAUGUGGUAUACUUACAGAUAUAUACUGUAUACAGAUUCAUUUAUCAUCCAAACUAGUAUACAGUUCCUGCUGCCAUCAUGAAUUGUCACAUCAUAUCUGAUUAAUAUGACUGAAAACUGUAAUAUAGAAGAGAACGUACGAUAUCACACAUGAUCUGGUUGUUUUGCUGGUUGUUUUCCUCUUAAGCAUGCAAACAAUUUUUCUUUGUUUAUCAGUACACUGUAUCCCAUUUCAUUUAGCAUUUUUAGCUGAAAGACACUGAAAUUUAAGGCAAUAACUCUGGUUUUGGAUUUUGUUGUCCGACGGACACCAGUGUUGAAUAGCUCGAUGUUCACAUCUUUAGGUAACCAAACUUUAAAGUAAGUCCCUCAUUACAUUGUCCCACACAUUCACAUCACACUCUAGUAAACUGGAUUUGAUUGAUUAAAAUGGAAUCACAUGUGUUAGCUCGCCGCCACGAGUGAAACCUUAGCGCUUAGCUUAGCGCUCAUCUGGAAUUGACUUAUAUUUGUGCUUUUUACAGUACUUAAGAAUGUGAGGGGUGACAUCGAUCACAUACAACUACAAUUGGAUCAAUAGGGCUAUAUACAGUAAAUAUAAAUAUAUAUUCUCUUCAUCUUCACUGCUGUACAGUAGAAUCUAGUUCUUAGUGUCUACAUUUAUUUACGUUAGCUCUCACAACGUGGUUGUGAGCACACAUUACGUAAACAGACAGUGACAAUGGUGCAAUAUUUGUUUCUGAAUGAAGAUGUCCUGUGUCCGUUGGUUGUAUAUGGGACUCUGAUCCCAGAUCAGCAAUAACAGACAAUCUUCAUAGUUAUGUAUUCAGCUUAUUUGCUAGAGAAUGUUUGUGUGCAAAUGCCGUGUCGUCUUCCUAGUAUCAGUCAAACAAGCUUAGUAAAUAGAUCUAAAGAAGGAAGUUGCGAGAUUUUUUAGGGUCUCUAAACGAAGCCUGGCUCUUAUUUUAUGAGCUACGAAAGGAUCUGACUUGUGUUUUUAUGCUUGCUUGUUGCUAGUUUAUGUAUGACGUUAUUUCUCGUUGCUGUAACUGCACUGAAAAGAGGGAAAACAGCGGGGCUGAAUUGCUCAAUAAUGAGAAAAUCAGAUUUGAAAGACGUGGAGUCAGAUUGUAUUAUCCAUCCUCUCUUAUUUUUACGAACAAAAAAUAAGCUACAGUACGCUGUGUAUUGAUAGAGUAUGCUUGUAUUCUCAUUAUAUUAUGUCCGCAAUUAUUGUAAAUAACAACGCGUUCAGGAAAACCUGUUAGUCGCAGAUCAUUGUGUAUGUCUAAACACAGGCAAAUUUUCAGAUUCAGAAAAAUACUAGGAAUCAGGCUGCCAUUCUGUUGUUUUGAACAUUCCGAAUAUUCCAGACAUUCCAUCCGAUCCACACUGGCUUGCGUGCAUAUAAAUAAAAACUGUUAUUCAGUGUCUCUAGGAAACAUAUAAGCCGUGGCUUUAAAAGUAAAACUCAGUUUAGUUAAUAAAAUAGUGUCGAUUUAUAGCACACGGUCACAGUGAUGUCAUAGCGUUCUGUCCUGCCAUGUAGCACAAGAACAUGGAGUUGAUUAAAUAUAUAUAUUAAUGUUUAUGAUAUGAAUGUGCUUGCUGAUUAGAACGGCGUCCUUCAACAGCUAAACAAACUAGCCAGUUGCUAAGAUGCUAAAUUUCAUAUUAGUGGUCAAUCAUCCUGAAUGUUGUCUGAUUUUACUGCCACUUGUGUUUAUGGCCUUUACUCACCAGAAGUGACGAUGUCAGCUGUAACACUUUCGGAGAGAUGAGAUUCAGCUAAAAACAUACAAUUGUUAGCGAAAUACGUGCCACCUUCCACGCAAAUGACUUAAGAUCUCACGUUUCCACCACUCAGUGUACUUUACAAUCAACAGAGGCCAUUUCUGAGCACAAAUUUUGCAGUUUUGGUGAUUUUUCUACAUGACUAUCAACUGCCCUUGAUACUGCCGCUCUCAUAGUGCGAUCUGUGUGACGUGGUGAGUUUCCAUCAGCUGCACUAAUAAAUAAAUACUGCCCGAAACCCAUAACCCAUCCUAUCAUCACCUGUUUUAUUAAACCAAAGAGUGUUCCUGUUUGUGAGAACGUCUACCAUUAGUUCUUAUUUUUAAUAUUGUUCUUUUACAUUAUUGUCUAAGGUAGUGUGAUAUGCGAUUACUGUACCAUCUCAGCUCUCUGGGCUUUGGGUUUUGUGAUUGUCCAUAACAGAUUCCUAAAACGAACAAAGAAAUUAUCACACAAUUAAAUUUAAAAUCUAAAAAACAAUCAACUACAAAAUGUUCACCCAUUCCCUCAACAUAUUUUGUAUUCAGUACUGUGCAAGAGUAAAGGAAAAAAUAUUGCAUAGUCAUCAUCUCGUUCUCUAAAUGUAAAUCAUACAUUCACUCAAAGUCAUUCCGUGUCUUACAGAUGCUAAUGAAGAUACUGCCUAAAACAGUAAUGUUAUGAAAUAUUCCAUUGUUGUUAUCUGAAUGUGAGUGUCUACUGUUCUACUGCAUCGUCCUGCUCGGUUUCCUCUAUGUUAAAAACGAUAAAUUAUCUCGGUGUGAUUUUCCGUCUGUAAUCUGUUCUUGUUCCUGUCUCUUGGUGGUUGUAUUUUGGAAGAAUUAUGUUUCUUAUGUGGUGCAUUUUUUAAGUCAUUGUAGAUUCUUCUCCCUCUCUCUUUGUUGAUGAAUUGUAUGCAUGCAUAUGAUGUGCACUGUAGGUGAGGUUGUAAAUGAUUUCUGUGUGUCCUCUGUGUUUUCUGAGCGCUCCACCUGUAGGCCUCACUGCAUGCCCGUUAUAGACAGAUUUUAGACUGUAACAUUCCUGCCAAAUGGAAUCACCAACACACAAAUAAUAAAGUGAUUUCAUAUAAUUGUU